UAUCGAUUUUUGUAUGAAAACCCAACAUCGGAGAAGCUGAGAGCAAACAGGCCCGGCUGCUUUUCUACAGUAGCAGCAGAAGGUAUAGUCUAGCAGUCGGUAGACGGGAAGUCGAAAUCCCAACGCCAUAUAGUGAGAGAGAAGCAUCAUCCGAAGUACAAUGUUAUUGCGCUUCUCGCCUUCAUAGUCGUCGUCGUUGUCGUCUUGUGCUGCGGAUUUUGUGUGAUAUUCAAAAUGUCUACCAGCGCGGAGAACUGAAACAGACAAAACAGCCCUUCCGCAGCAGGGCCGUGUUCCGUUGGAGGUAGUUAAUUUUAUAGUGUUUCUGUGGAAAACAAGCUGAUAACCGGUACUGAUCUCGAAGAAAGCUCCAAUAAAAUUUAGGAUCCGUAAGCGAGUACUUGCUUUACGUCCCCUGUACCUACCGUCGCAGCCGUAGUCGUCGUUGUCACUCUUUAGUGUGUUCGGUGGAUUUUUUGGUUCUCGGUGUGUUCCGUGUGAAGUGUUUUCAGCAGUUUUUUGAUUGACCGACCGGCUACGAAUUCCAGUCGAACCAUAGAGUACCCAAAUCUUCCGGUCACGGACGCCAAGUACGAGGUGAGGACGAAGUGUACAAUUUAUGAAGAAAAGGUUACGUGAAAAUGGGACACCCAAACCCAGCCUGCUUUUCACCGGAGAUUGCGUAAAAACCGCUUCCUCUGUUUCGUGUUCUAGUGAUUUCCGGCCUGGGAAGAAAAAUUUUCUUUCGUGCAAAUCGAAUUUUUCACCCUCUGGGCUGCGUGUUAUAUUGUGUGAAAAUUGGCGUUGAGAAAUAAUCUCGUCAGCAUAGAAAAAGUGAGCCCCGUGUCGCUAAGCAUAAAUUUGUGCAUGUCGCCCGUACCAUAUCGAGCAUAGUGCAGUAGAAAAUCGAAUUAGAAUUCACAGAAUCCCUCGAACAGUGCUGCUUCACCACCCCAGUAGGGAAGGAAUGUAAAUAUCGAAGAAGAGGAAAAAACAAGAAAAUCAAUAUUUACUACGCUAUUCGAAGAGAGCAAAAAGGCAGAGCGAAUGUGCGUGCGUGUGUGUUCGUCGUGUCAGGCAUUAUGUAGCGAAAGAAAGCAGAGAGCUCAAGAGUGUGCAAGCAGCGAGAGAUAACAAAACAGAAUAGAUUUUGGUGAAGGGAAAGAUAAGGAGGCUGUGUGGCGCAAGUUAAGAGUGUGCGAAAAAGAUCAAGAAGAGUGAAUGCGACAAAUGUUCUGUGAUUAAUGAUAGUGAAAGCCCUUGAUAGCAGCAGCACAAAAGAAGCAAACCGAUGAUGACACACGGAAAGCCCUCUAAUACGGGUUCAUACACUACCGCGGGGAAGGAAAUAUUCACAAAUCGUUUGCCUAUCACAAUAAGCCCAGAAGAAAAAGUGCAUGUGAUUGAAUAAGAUUUAGCAUAAUUUUUCAUGUGAAUGAUUUCUUCGCGUGUCACACCGGAUAAUGCUGAUGAGAAAGUUUUUAGUGGAGUUGUGAGCCUUUCUGAAAGCCAUACCCUGUGCGCUAUGGUCUGAUGCUGUAAUGACAAAUAUUUAUUCCGACGAAAAGGUAUUGAGCAAAAAGCAGUAUAAUAAUAAAAAGAUAAAUACGCAUUGAUGGGAUGGCUGAGCAAACACCAUCUUAUUAUUAUUAAACCUUUAAAAUUUAAGCCGAUUGAUAUCGAUGAAUCACACUGAAACUGCUUUCCAAUAUUUCGACAGUAUCGCAUCGCUAACAUAAAGAACCAAUUAAAGUGCUAAUUAUACUAUCAAUCAAAGAAUUUCCACAAAUAUUCGCAUAAUAUUCAUUACACCAAAGGUAGCUACGUUAGGGAUUCUUUUCUCGUUCUCCAUUUGCUAAUUGAAUGUGACAUUCCCGUUCAUCAUAUAAUCGAGUAACAAACAAGAAUUUGUUCUAUAAUACGAGUUUCGGUAGAGAAUAAUCAAGUGAUCAACAAAAAAAAGUAGUGCUUUCAAGUUAUUCAAUCGUGCAUCUAGGCUAGUUUCGGAUAGUUUACUCGGAAAAUUGGUGACAGCAGCCAUCUCCCGCCGAAGCUACAAUACGGUGCGCAGGUUUUGGCGUGGAUGUGUUAAUUAUUACCGGAAGUGAUCAAAGGCGUCGGCACUAGCAACCAACUACUGCCGGCCAGAGCGGGGGUGCUAAUUGGCCAGGAACGGGUGGGUGGCUGCAAAAAUUGCAUCCACCAGGUAUAUCUACCGCAGUCAUGUUAUCGUCGGUCUGUUCCGAUCGAUCCCGCCGAUCGUCAUACCGUCGCCACCAGUAUCGGCUACCGGGCGGACGGCAGAUUGUGGCGUUUAUUGUUGUAGCUGUAUUCGUUGUUGGAAACUUAUGUGCCUGGCAGGAAAACGUUCGCCCGAAGCUCUACGUGUCACUAGCCGAUGAAGAGUACCUCAAGUUCCAGGGAAAUGAAUCGACAAUCGACUAUUUCAAGCUAGUUCUUCGGGAUGCAACCAGCAACAGCUUACUGGUGGGAGCGAGGAACAUCGUGUACAACCUAAGUAUAUACGAUCUAAGCGAACAGACUCGACUGGUGUGGUUUUCCUCGGAGGAUGACAUCAAAAUGUGCGUGAUGAAAGGCAAAGACGAGGAUCUCUGUCAAAAUUAUAUACGGGUGUUGGCUCUCCCUACGCCCGAAACGCUGCUCAGCUGCGGCACCAACGCGUUCCGGCCCAUGUGCCGCGUGUACGGCAUCAACGGGAACAGCUACAAGGUCGAGUCGGAAAAACCGGGCCAGGCCAAAUGCCCGUACGAUCCAGCGCACAAUUCGACGGCAGUAUUUGUCGAUGAUGAACUGUACUCCGGCACCGUUGCUGACUUUAGCGGUCUUGAUCCAAUUAUCUAUCGGGAACCACUGCAGACUGAGCAGUACGAUAGCUUGAGCCUUGACGCUCCCAACUUCGUCGGAUCAUUCACGCAAGGUGACUUUGUCUAUUUCUUCUUCCGUGAGACGGCGGUCGAGUUUAUCAACUGUGGAAAGAACGUCGUAAGUCGUGUUGCACGUGUCUGCAAAUGGGACAAAGGUGGUCCGCAUCGGUUCAAGAAUCGAUGGACAACUUAUCUCAAGUCGCGCCUAAACUGCUCGAUGCCGGGUGACUUCCCGUUCUACUUUGACGAAAUCCAAUCAACAAGCAACCUGAUAGAGGGUCGAUAUGGCAACAGCAAUUCCAAGCUCAUCUAUGCGGUAUUCACAACAUCAACUAACGCAAUUGCCGGUUCAGCGAUAUGUACCUUUUCGCUGCAGGAUAUCGCCGACACAUUUGAAGGCAAUUUCAAGGAGCAAAGUGGAUUAAACUCUAAUUGGCUACCUGUUAGCCCGUCGAUGGUACCGGAUCCACGCCCUGGCUCGUGCCACAACGACUCGCGAACGCUGCCGGAUUUAACACUCAACUUCAAAAAGACGCACUCACUGAUGGAUGAAAAUGUGCCAACAUUUUUCGGUUCACCGAUCUUGACUCGUGUUAGCACAGUCUAUCGGUUCGCUGCCAUCGCUGUAGAUUCACAGAUUAAAACUCCCGGUGGGAAAACGUACGACGUGAUUUUCGUUGGCACAGACCAUGGGAAAAUUAUCAAAACAGUGAACGCUGAAUCGGCGGACUCUAACAAAAAGGUUUCCUCGGUGGUCAUCGAGGAAAUAGACGCCCUGCCGACAAGUGAACCGAUUCGGAGUUUGGAAAUUGUGCGUACUAUGCAGUAUGACACGCCGAAGGACGGAAGCUAUGAUGAUGGAAAAUUAAUUAUAGUCACCGAUACUACCGUGAUAGCGAUUAAAUUACACCGUUGCAGCAGUGAAAAGAUAACAAGUUGCAGCGAGUGCGUGGCGCUACAGGAUCCGUACUGUGCCUGGGACAAAAUUGCUGGCAAAUGUCGAUCACAUGGAGCUCCACGGUGGUCGGAGGAGAACUACUUCUACCAGAGCGUUGCUACCGGGGAUCACGCUGCCUGCCCAUCCGGCAAGAUGCCUAAAGAUGCCAACGUGGAAAAGCAAGGAUAUCGAGGUGACAUUGAUUACGACCCACAGCGGCCCAGUAAGGAUCAACCAGGAAACGAUAUGAUUAGCAUAAUGCAGGACAAAAACGCAUAUGAUGACAAAGGUCCACAGAUAACUCCCGAUCUGAUAAAUGCGCAAUACACCGUGGAAACGCUAGUGAUGGCCGUUCUCGCUGGCGCUAUAUUUGCCCUGUUGGUUGGCUUCAUCACUGGUUACUUCUGUGGCAGGCGUUGCCAUAAAGACGAAGACGACAAUCUCCCCUAUCCGGAUACGGAAUAUGAAUACUUUGAGCAGCGGCAAAACGUGAAUCGGAUACAAACCGAACCCAAACUGCUUCCACAGGUCGAAGAAGUGACCUAUGCCGAGCCCGUACUAUUACCUCAGCCAUCUAGUCAGAACAAGAUGCAGCAUUCGCCAAAAAAUACGCUAAGAAAACCGAUGGGCCACCAUCAUGGCGUCAAUUCGGAAACUCUAUUCCAGUUCCAGCCCGAUGGCUACAAUGCUCGUGAUAAUUACCGAGGUCGUGACAACUUCGGUACUCUCCGAUCCCAUCAAGGUGAUAAUUAUCGUCGCGGUGACGGAUUCUCAACAACAAGAAGUGUUAAAAAAGUGUAUCUCUGAGACGGGAACGGGGCGGCUGAGACCAGCCAGGGACUGAUUAAUCAAAAUAUGCACUUUUAUAUAGGUCCUUAAUACCAAUACUCGUAACAGAAGUCUCGGCCGAAUGAAAAGGCAGCCGCCCCGGCAUGGCAUAGUAACGCAACACCGUUCCGAUAGUCCACAGAAUUCCAGCUCCGGAUCUUCCCCGGUCAUGUCAAACAGUAGUUCUAGUCCGGCGCCUCCCUCGAGCAGUCCUAGUCCACAAGAGAGCCCAAAAAACUGUAGUUAUAUUUAUAGAGAUUGAUUAUUAAAUAAACCCCAGCCACCGCCGCAUACUAGCAGUUGCAGUAGAACCCGAAGCGGAGCCGCUACUGCCCACCUCGCAAGCACAUCUCACCACUACGACGCAAGUGAAGUGUACCACGAAGCCACUCCAGCAGCUGUAGUAAUGCGCGAUGCUGCCAACAACCGAAACAGCAACGGUAGUGACGCAAACAGGAUGCUCAACCGUCUAUCGACUUCGUCCUCCCUAUCGAUCAUAACUCCGCCUACAACGCCGAAACGUCCCGCAGCAAUGCGCCUCAAGAUGUCGCUCAGUCUUUCGUUGGCGCAUAACUUCAACCAGAAACUGGCCAACCUUAACGAUAAAUGGAACGAUUUUAGCUUCAUGCUGAAGCACAACCCGGUCAAAGCUCUUCCAGCCAGAAACGACUCCUACCACUCGAUUGAGUCGGCCGUGACCUGUACGGCUGCUGAUUUGGAGGCUGCCCAACAGAGUAGUGGAGGUGCAUGCGGGUUCGAUCAAAGGGAGUACGACCGAAGAAUACUACAGCAUGGUGGCAUCAGUGGGUUAGCAGCAGGCAACAGCGGUAAGUUCAACCAGCAAAAAUCAAUCGAACGCCGUCACAGACAGCGAUUGUCGCCUCGACGCAACAGUUCCGGUGGCGAUCCAAAAGAGUUCGACGUGCUGGUCAUGAAACCCAUGGACAGCUGGGAUGACAAUGAAAGUUUUUAGUAAAAUGGCUUCCAUAGGUUGUUGGGUUUUUCGUUAUUUCUCGUACAACAGUACGCUUGCGCCAAAGCUUGCUUCUACUGAACUUUGUCGAACAGGCACAAACGCUAUCAUAGAUUACUUAUGACAACCUCAGAGGAAACGACACACAAACUAAAAUCAUCGCGUCAUAAACGUCUUCUUUCCGUUGCGAAAUCAAUUUUCUUUCAUCUACAACCAUAACCGACGGUAUAACAGAAGCAUCUCACAGUGGUUUAAAACGCGAAAAACGUGAUCGUCGUCAGCCUUUUGAGUAUAAAAAUGGCAUUUAAAUGCUACAAAAUAUUCGACAAAGUUUUUGUAAAUGUUAAGGGGCAUCUUUUGAUGUAAAUGAAUUUUCGAUUAAUUCACCUAAAAGUGAGAUAAAAAUUUUAUUUUUUUAUUUACUUAACAAAUCAAAACGAAAUCUUCAGCAAAGUUGUAGACAAUCUUAUGUAGAAAAACUUUGCUGAAGACACUUUGCUUCUAUAUCUUGAAAAUCGACCACAUACAGGUAGUUUUAUACACAGACAUCCUAAAAGUUUCUAAAAAUCGAAAAAUACCAAAUAACUUUUUUUGAAGUGAUUUUAGAGGCCUACUAUGUUCUAGACAUUUUUUCAUAUUUAAAAAAUACAUCAUUCGGCCGAACAUACCUUGGGAAAAUUUUCGACUUUUCCAUAGGGUUUAGAACAUUUUAGAUAAAAAAAUGCACUUUUUCAAAAUAAAAUUUCUCAAAAAGCUGCAAAAACAACAGUCUUCACUUGGAAGAGGGAGAUUAGUACUAGCUUCCCCAGGUGGUUUCACUAUGUUCUUGCAGUCUCUUAAAGACUUGGGCGUGGGUGAAAAAAAUAGUUUUCUUUUGUUUUUCGGCGUUUUUUUCUGUUUUUUUCUUAAAAGAUGUACAAAAUCGAAACGAUUUUUGAUUUUUCAUUAAAAAGUACGAACAGCAUUCAUAUUUACGGCUCCGUGCAUUAUUUGGAAAACAUAAUAUAUAGACAAAAUUAUUUUUUUCCGAAAAUAAUUGUUAUGUCACUAGUGUAUGCAAAUGUCAAGUUUUUUUUUUUAAAUUAGCAACAUUCUUUGAAGUUUUUCCAAUGCUUGAAUUCUGAAAAGGAAAUGUCAGCUCAGAAACAGAUACCCUUAUUUAUUUUUUUAAUUUGGACAUACGGAGGUAUUUUGGUAUGGAUUAGGUACUUCUGUAUGGACAAAAUUGAAAAAAAUAAUAUCCCUGAACUGACAUUUUCUUUUCAGAAUUCAAGCAUUGGAAAAACGUCAAAGAAUGUUGCUUAUUUUGUUAAAAAAAAACUUGGCAUUUGCAUACACUAGUGACAUAACAAUUAUUUUAGGAAAAAAUCAAUUUUUUCUAUAUAUUAUGUUUUCCAAAUAAUGCACGGUGCCGUAAAUAUAAAUGCUAUUCCUAUUUUUCAAUGAAAAAUCAAAAAUCGUUCCGAUUUUGUACAUCUUUUGAGAAAAAAAAACAUGAAAAAACGCCGAAAAACAAAAAAACUAAUAUUUUCACUCACGCCCAAGUCUUUAAGAAACUGCAAGAACCUAGUGAAACCACCUGGGGAAGCUAGUACUAAUCUCCCUCUUCCAAGUGAAGACUGUUGUUUUUGCAGCGUUUUGCAGCUUUUCGAGAAAUUUUAUUUUGAAAAAGUGCAUUUUUUUAUCUAAAAUAUCCUAAACCCUAUGAAAAAGUCGAAAAUUUUCCCAAGGUAUGUUCGGCCGAAUGAUGUAUUUUUUAAAUAUGAAAAAAUGUCUAGAACAUAGUAGGGCUCUAAAAUCACUUCGGAAAAAGUUAUUUGGUAUUUUUCGAUUUUUAGAAACUUUUAGGAUGUCUGUGUAUAAAACUACCUGUAUGUGGUCGAUUUUCAAGAGAUAGAACCAAAGUGUCUUCAGCAAAGUUUUUCUACAUAAGAUUGUCUACAACUUUGCUGAAGGCUUCGUUUUGAUUUGUUAAGUAAACAAAAAAAUAAAAUUUUUAUCUCACUUUUAGGUGAAUUAAUCGAAAUUGAUGCCCCUAAACAUCUACAAAAACUUUGUCGAAUAUUUUGUAGCAUUUAAAUGCCAUUUUUAUACUCAAAAGGCUGACGAUCACGUUUUUCGCGUUUUAAACCACUGUGCAUCUGCCUGAGUUAAAGCAUUUAAGGAAACGCAUCCAUCACAAACUGAUAUUACACUAAGGGACUUUAAGAACUAGAAUCAAGUAAUCAACGCAUGUACAUAUAAUACAAAAUUAUAGCAACCUAAUUGAAUAUAAACUACUAGGGAUUUUUGCAUUAUAGCAAAUGGUGAGGUUAAACGAAAGCAGCAUUUUUGCUACAUAGUAUUACGAAACGAAAAAAAAAGUCUCAAAUCAGUAGUAGAGCAUGGGCGCAGGAAGCGCCAACCUAACUAGGAACAGUGUUUGUGUACAUAGAUGACGAGGCAAAUGACUCGUUUUUUCAUCAUGUUUUCCUAUAGUUCUUAGUUCAUCACGGGAAACCUUUCUUCAUCGAUCAUUAAAUUAAAGAAAACAAAAAAAUAACAAGAACUGUGAGUUCAACGAACUCGCUGAUUUCAUCCCAACGUUGAUUUCGAAUCCACCUCCUUUAAUGCCAAAUCGGAUCGCGCACCUCGUUUAGUAAGCAAACGAAUGAGUGAAAUGAUGGUGACAACGAUUUCCGUCAGAAGAUAAUUAAAAUUAAAACGCUUUCGUCCCACAAAAGAUAAGUGAGAGAGAGAGAGAAUAGAAUGCAAUAUUAUGUAAAGUACUGAGUAGAGCGGUUAGUGGUCCCUUGUUUUAGUUUGUCCCGGUUAUUUUAGGUGAUCUGAGCGAUAGUUAAUUUUGUUUGUUAUAAGUCAAAAUGUGUUUCUUCUUUUUCUUUGUUGUUAUAAUUUUGAGCUCGCGAAUCAUUCAUUUUAUUAGAAGAAAUACUUUUUUUUGUUUGGGGAACAAUCUCAUGAAACGAUUUCCUAUUUUUCGCUAAGAAAAAAUAUUAUUCGAUUUAUAUGAUAUUUUGUUGUAAUUAGAUAUUUAAGAUUAUUUUAAGCAAAAAUGCAUUUACAGGCUCUCACGGUUUUGAACUGGUUUUAGUUUUUUUAGUUAUAGGUUUUUAUACUAUCGACAGCAGGGUGUAAAUUUAAUUACUCUUAGAUUGUAGUUUACAAUAUAUUUAUUCUUCAAAAAUCAUUAUAAUUUCUAUUGUAGUUAGUAGAUUAUAUCACAAACUACCUUAGUUUGUAUAUCGGUAACCAAUAGCGAGUUUUUAUCAAGCGAACGUGUGUGAAUACGCAUUUAUCAGCAAUAAGUAUUUGAUUUUUCCACGUUCUAACUGUCGACCUAACUAAACAAUGCUUUAUGUUGAGUUAUAGCAUACAAAUAUGCGUAAAAAAUAAUUGAUUGUCAAUUUCAUCUGUUUUAUAGAUUUUAAUCUAUCUAAUUUUACUUUUGUUCCUUAUAAAUUAUUAUUAUAAAAAAAUAUUAUGUAUUAUGUUGUAUGUUUACAUUGCAGUGGGUUUCGACAGACUGUAUUUUCACAUAUAUUUUAAGGGUCGAAUACUACAAUACAUUGAAGCAUAUAAAAAGGCAUAUGUCCCUAUUCUGAAGGGAAGAAACCUGUUUUAUUAUAUGGACUGAAAAGUGUUUGGCCAACUUAUGAAAAACACGCAAAUUUUUAUUAAAAAAACUGUUCAAUUCUUCGACAUAGUUUCCAUCAAGAGUAAUGCACUCAUUGUAGUGCUGCUCGUCAAGUGCUUCAAGAUAAAACGGAACGGAAACCACGCAUCAUUUUAUCAUUGUCAACAGUACAUGGUUACCAAAUUUUUAUUUUUUUCGAUGCCAUAAAAUUCAACAGAAUCAUAACAAUUUGAACAUUUCUUUAAGCAAACGCAGCCUGCUGCUAGCAGUACUGACAACACGGAUGCAAAAUUUGACACACGCAGUUGACUUGAAACUAGAAAAAAAAAAAACAAAAACAAAAACAGGGAUUUUGCGAGACGCUACACUUUCAGACAAGCUUUUGACCAUUCCGGUCAAUUUUUUGCGGAAAUUAGUUACGAUCGCAAUGUUUAUUGGUGUAAAGAGAAAAGUAUACUUAGUUUGAGUGGUUACGCGACUCUUACGUACCGGUAUUUAUGGCGAAUAUUCUAGUAGCUACCGGCGCGAAAAUAUAAACAACACCGGGAGAUAACAAAUAGUGAUGUGAAAAAUAGUAAGAUUGAAACGUUUCAAAGGUUUCACCGUACAACCAAAUUUGCAAACUACUUGAAUUAGGGGCUCUGGUGCUGGUUUAGCGGUUUCACAAUCAAUAAUCGCAGGUUAGUUGGAAAAUUAAAAAUAUUUUAUGAGGCAUUCCCGAAAUGCGUUAGUAUGCAGGAGGAACCCAGCAGUCUUCCCAUGCUUGGAUUUCGUCCCAUUUCACGUUAAAACACGUUUUUUGUUAUCAACGUUUUUUGUUAUCAACUCUACCUUUUCAUUUGAGUGGAGUCGCUUGCCAGAGAACUGCAAGUUCAACCGGAUAAACAGGAAAUAAUCGCUUGGGGCUGAAUCUGGUAAGCAAUAACUUCGUAGAGCGAAUUCCUUCAAUAGGUUUCGGUUGUAUCGUGAGUAAAAUGAGCGGGGACGUUGCCUUUAUGGAAGAGCACUUUUUUCUUCGCCAUAUUAUUCAUGAUUCUCUUACCAUGUUCAUAACAUUGCCAAAUAGUCCCAGCCGUGAAAUGGCUUUUGCUGUGCGCCAGAAUCGUCUCUAAUCUACUCGACUGCAGUUCGCCAGCUCCGCAGUCUGCGUAGGAUCCGCAGGUUGUCUUCCACCUGCUCGAUCCACCUUGCCCACUCCGUCUCGUCCCUGACGAAUUGAUUAAAAAAACCAUCUUCACCGGAUUGUCGAUCAACACGCUUGCGACAUGCCAAAUCCGCGAUGUGGAUGAUAGAUGGCUCCUUAAGCAGCACAAUGUCGAUAUCGUUGGUGAAACCAAACAGUUGAGCCGGCUUUUGGAAUAUUGUGCCACUCGUGUAAAUCGCCACUCUUCUAAACACACCUUCCAGAGCAAUAAUAAACAGUAGGCACGAGAAAUCAUCGAAAAAGCUCGAGAGUGCCCCCGAUACUCGAGCCACACACACUACUCGGUCGAUCGCCGCUUUGACCAAUUGUGUUAAUUUGUCCGGGAAUCCGUAGUCGUGCAUCAUGUGCCAUAGCUGACAGAUGAUGUUUGGGAACGUUUGUAUUUACGGCAUUCCUACAUAACCUGCCCAACCGUGAAUAUCUGAUCCGUGGUGGCGUGAGUUUCCAUGAAAUCACCUAGUUGUGCCCCACGUAUUACUUUGCUAAUGGUGAUAUCCGACGGCAAAGUAUUUGGGAGAAUACCUUGCAAAUUGCACUGCACACAAUACUUUCCAUCUAUUCCUGCGGUACUCGAUCUUCCUCCCAAAUCUUUUCAAUGACCAGGCAAGGCACGGCUCCAGCCAGUGUUUCUUCACCGUAUUCAAAAAGGUUGCUGGGAAGUUGGUCCACUCCAGCAGCUAUAUUUUUUUCACUCGGCCAAUCUCUUUCUCCACCUUCAGGAUCUUAUUUUAUUUUUUUAUUCUCACUUAUUUUCCGUCGGUCUAGUUCCGCCACUGUUGUGGCCAAUCACCGACGCUCAGGGAGGCGACUCCACACCCAGGACCCUAACUCACGACCCGUUUAUUAACGGACCGGCGCCAACGGCUUUACUUCCUCAUGCGAUGGAAGGCGUGAUCCCGGAGAUUUUUCGCCUCAGAAAAUCUCCCGGUGUCGGCUAGGAUUGAAUCUAGACCAGUUGGGUUGGUUGUGAGUGGAUCACGCCACCUCACAACCAUCGACACCUAUGUCGGCGGUGGGAUUCGAACCCAGGCGUCGAGCGUGGUUGGCGGAGACGUUACCAACCACACUAGGCCCCCGGUCACCUUCAGGAUCUGUUUUUUUCUUUUUUUUCUGUUCGUACACCAAGAUCAAUUUCUAUACCGUCUUCGGAGUCUACCGCACUCAGAUGCUCAUCGAAGUGCUGCUUCUACUUUUCGAUCACUUCACACUCUCCCAUAAGAAGGUUGCGGGCCGAGCUCCUGGACAUAUCUGCUUGCGGCACGUAAUCUUUCCGCUUCCUGUAUAGCUUCUGAGUAUCGUUAGCUCGGUACAGUUUUUACAUCGCUACGCGAUUUCGGUCUUCUAAUCAGCGUUCCUUCCUUAGGAAAACCGAGUUUUAGCUGUUCCGUGGUUGUAGGUAUCGUUCUACGUUCACUCUCGUACAGUGUGGCAGCAAUCUCAUCCGUGCUGCUUUUAUCUCCUCGACGGAUUAUUCGCAUUCACGACAAACCAGUCGUUUCUAUUAUCCUGAGCCCUGGGCUCUGAAAGCGCUAAAGCAGUGCUACCUAUGUCGAAUCGAAUGCUUCGCCAGCAUUCGAUUCUGUACCAAGCUGUACCAAGCUGCUCUGCCGUGGGUAUUUUUAUACAACCCUGGCGUUCCGCAGCUUCUCAAGACUCAGUCGCGGCGUUCCACUUUGACGGGUAUUAUACACUGUCGAGAGUUUUGAGCGCAUUCAUAAGAUGACGUCGGAAAAGAACAUACCAUCGAUUGGAACGUGGUCGAUUUGUUUCCCUGUCUGAUGUUCGGGUGAUCUCGAAGUGGUUUUGUUGAUAUCUUUGCGAAGGAAUAGGGUACUUCGGACUUACGUUUCCCGACUGUGGCCAUUAUCAUUAAAUACGACGUGCAUGCGAUCUGGCCCGGUUACCGAUCUGUUCAUUAUUUUUCGUCCUGCUUGAGCGUUCAUGUCCCCGGUGACAAUUUUCACGUCCCGUCACGGGUAUCUAUCGAAGACCUGGCCAACUGGCUUAGAAUGCUUCCCUUUCGUCGUCGGGUUUUCUUUUACGUGGGCAGUACAAGUUGAUGAUGUUGUAGUUGGAGAAUCGGCUCUUUAUCCUCAACAUGCACAUCCUCCAUCUUGCCAAGUACUAUGAAGCCUGCUCCCAGUUCGCGGAUAGAGCUACAAUUGUAAUAGAAUGUAGCCGUCCGGUCCAAUAGAGUUGCUGCAGCGCUACGACUACGGAAUUACGUGGAUAUUACAGAUUAUUCUGUCGCAUCUCAGGAAGCAGAGCGAUUUUUUGUUUUAUGUCCCGAGUUUUCAAGGUUUAUGCCGAUUGUUCCGAUUUGUUGUUAUAAUCUCUCACGAAUUUUUAACAUAUUGUUUUUCGGAAUGACCUUCUGGGCCUUCCACGAUCCCCUGUCUCGCCGAGGCACCAUCCUAUCAGCUCUGUGUGUGUCUUAUGCUGACACCAAGACGUUGAUCAACCGCUCUAAACAUUGAGAUCAGACGCUGUUUUGAGCUGCACCAUCAUGAUAAACAGACGCUCGGGAUGGCGAUGCAUUAUCUCUACCUCCGAUAGUUUACGCACCAAUAAUCGCGUCCCGCAUGCUUGCUUAGCUAUUGCCGGAUGACAACAUUGUCCAAGCAACGCAAACCAGUUGUGUCCAUGUUUUAGCUGGCAGUCUAUUGUAAUCAAAUUACUCAUGAAGGCGGGAGAUAGGAACUUGUGAGGACCAAAGCUAUGUUUGUCGCUCCUUCUAGGUUGUCAACUCACCAUUUUAAACCCCCAUGUACAACGUAGUUGAUGAAUCUUAUUCCUUUAGAAUGCCAAGGAAAAAUGGACACUUUAUCAGCUAAUUGUUGCGUUUUUUGACGCUUUGAACGACUUUUAUCAGGAAAAUAUCACUCUGUCGACUACCGGUUGAACUCAGGACAGAAAAAUCUUUCUAUUCUAUAUUGUUGGUCUUUUUGAUCAAUUGAAAAGAAACAUUGCCCUCAUCAUUAUUGCCCAGUUUAUUUCCUGAAUGAUAUGGUGCAUCAUAUUUGAGAAAUACUGUCACAAAAAAAAAACAAACUAUUACUUUGUGGUUAAAUUAUCUAUAACAGAUGUUCCGUAACACUUAUAACAUCAUUGCUUCGCUUAAACAUUAUUAUUUCCCAUCAGGAAACAAUGUCUGUUCAAAUCACGAAACUCAUUUUUUGCCACUGUAGCCAAACAACAAAGAGCAAAUACUUAAGAAUGAAAUAAUGAAACUGACAGCAUUCUAGAGAAGAUGGUACAAUCGAGCAACCUCAAACGUUUUUUAUUUGCAACGCCAUCUCUGAGUCAGGCCAAAGACUUUUCAGCCCAGGUAGUAUAAUUUAUAAUUUAUAUUAUACUUUAUCAGUUAUUCAAUUAGCAGGUUUUUACUUUUCAGUUGAAGAAUUUUUUAUAUCACACUUUAACUUGCAACGCAACAAUGCUCCAUCAUAAUAUUGUAUUCGAAACAUGUUUUCAGCUAAAGAAAUGUGGUUAUGUGUUGCUUAUGUUUGUUCCGUUUUCACCCAGUUUGAGUAUAAUAAGUGAUCCGGGAAUGAAAAAGAACAUCUGCUCCAAAACUCCUAAACUAAUUCGUAAUUCAAUCACGGCGAUAGAACUAUGCUAAUGCGCCUUCAAUCACUAAUCAUUGCAUCCAUCAUUCUACUAGUAGCAGAGUAUCGAAACGAGCAGAAAAUCGUCGAACAUAAAGUAUACAAAAAGUCAAUUCUUCAUUCAUAACGAUAUAAACAAAACACUAAACCAAAUCAAAGAGGCUGCUGAAAGUCUAAGCAUCAUAAUGAAUACGACGUUUGCAAACUAACAGCAGUUAGGCAAAUAAAACCAAUUGGAUUUACAGUCUUAUCCAUUUCCUAAGAAAAAAAAACGAAACAUUUGCAAAACAUCGUGUUAACCCAGAGGGCGGCAAUUACCGCUCACUCAUACUGCAAUGAACCGUGGCUUCCGCUUCCGAUCCAUCGUUUUACACAAAUUCUACGAGCGAAGAAAGCCCGAAGAAAUAGAUCGGGUAAAUUUACUUUUCCGCCGGUGAGCACAGAAAGAAAGCAAGAAUUGUAGUGAGGAAAAUUCUCAAACAAAAAGUUUGCUUGUAACAGAAGCUUACUAAGAAGCUGCCCGGUUGGCGGGUGGGGGGAUGCGUUAUGAAAAUUGGAACUUUAGCCAGCCUUAAUUAAGGUCAAACUUCGCGCUCGGUGCACAUAGGAAACCCGACUAACUGCACAAAAGUGUAAAUUUUGCAGCAAAGUCUGUGCUGCAACAGAAGCAAAGCAAGUGCAUCUAAUAAUAAAUAGCAGAAAUCACUAAGAAAGACUGAUAUUUAAAUUAAAAGACGUGUAUUCAUUCGAAAGAAAACAAGCAGAAACAUAAAAGGAGUUGCGUAUAUAUCAAAGCAGAAAAUGUUACAAUGAGAAGAUAAAGUUGGAAGCGAAAUUCGAAGGAGAAAAAAGCCAUUCGGGUGCAAGAUUCUGUUGACGUAUUUAGACUCAACCGAGCCACCAGCCAGCAUUUGCAUGCAACAGAUCAAAAACCCGGUGGAUCCGAGUUGCAAUGUUAUCACCGAAAACUGAACCUUUUUUGCCCCAGAAGGUAAAUGAGAAUGAAAAGAAAACACACAACAAAAAACAAAAAGGUGAACUGUAACUAUUUGUAUAAAGUACAAAACUAUGCAAAGCUGAUAUAAAAUAGAAACAAUUGUAAAAAGCUGAUAGUUUUUUCUGUUGAUUUUUAAUUUUUGCGAGUCAAAAAAUGGCUCUGAAAUGUUUGCAAAAAAAGAAGAGAAUAAUGAAAUAAACGAUCUCGAAGCACUUUGUAUUAUAUCGGCGGAUCGUUCAAAGAUUGGAAGGCCAAAAUAUUGUGCAAACUGCCGAAUUCUCUAUACCUAUAGUAUUGUUUGUACCAGUUUCAGUGUAAAUAUGAUUUGCUGAAUUACUUUCCUGGCGAAUAUUGUUUGAGUUUUGCUGCUGUAAUAUAGAGAGAUUAGAAAGUUGUUAGUAUUUAUUAUCAUGAUUCAAGUUCAGACGUAACAAAAAAAAUGAAAACAAACACAGAUAUUUAUUCCAUGAUUAUGCACUAUGAUAAGAAGAAAUUAACGUUGGUUCAACAAACGAUGACACGCGAAGACCUUAGUAAUAAUAGGGUUCGAGACGGUCGUAUACACUGCUAGAUGAAAGCGUAGUGAAGAGAUGAGAUGUUUCGAGCUGUACACUACUAAAGCAAAUCUUCGAUUAUAUUCAUAUACAUAGGUAAUUUGCUAAGCUAACAAACAACCCUGGGUGGGAUUAUCUCUAUUGGGAAAUUGGCUUUUCAGUUUCACGCUAAUUUUGCCGAAGCAGGCUACCGCAGAACUCGAAGCAGCCUAGAAUCGACACUUUUGGGAGUAACUUUCACGCGAGUGGCGUUAUCCAAAGCAGACUGACCUGUACUUUUUGGUUCGAUCGGAAUCAUCUAGGGUGACUAUGACUAAUUUCCAAAACUGUUAAUAUAAAAAACUAAGGUUAUAUUGGGUAUUCGUCCUGAAUUAGGAAGCUUAUAUUAAAAUGAUUUCAUGCAACUGUUAACAGCACCCUCUAUGAUGAAGUGAAACUUUGUGAGUUUGGUGAUAUUGGAUAUCGGUAAAAAAAAUUAGAUAUCUUUGAUAAAAAAAAAACUUUUUCUUUGGAAUUCUGUUCAAAAUUUUGUUUAAAGAAUGAGAUAUGGAAAAAAGUUUGAAUCUUCAUCAAAAUAUAUUAAUUUUUUUUAAAUUUUACACUAAAAAAAACAAGCUAUUUGUCUUAAAAACAUUUUUUACAAUUCAUACUAAUAACCCAAAAGCAAGAUGGACACUUUUGCGAUAUUGCGAUAUUCUCUAUUGUAAUUUCUUUGUUGAGUUUGUCCGUGAGCUUUUAGCACAAUUAUUUUCAUGUUUUUUGAGCCAUUUUUCGAAGGCUCUUUACUAGAAAACUACACGAUCUACAAAAUUGUUGUCAAAUAAAAUCAAACCUUUCGUUUUAGCAGCACUGCAAAAUAUUGUUCUCUCCAAUUUUUCGACAACAUUGUUCUUUUUGAUGUCAACGAAACCCAAUGCGAAACAUGAAAGUGCGGUAUGAGGAAGAGUUCACCAGCACUAACAAUACUCAGAAACAGAGAUGAGCGGUGAUUUCUUGUGAGCCAAGUGAACAAGACAGGUAACAUCACAUCGACAAAAAUUGCAAUCAGGUUCAAUAGACCUAUUUAUUUUGAUUUUUUUUUACUAUUGCUGAAUAAUGAAUUGAAAAUGCUCCAAAAUUGCAUAAUUCCAGUGAUUCUUAACUAGGGGUUUAUGUACCUUUUUGUGGUUAACAAAAUAAUGAUUAAUCGUGGUAAAAGUGUAAAAAAUUGAACAUAAACAUUAAUUGAACACCUCCACGAGUCGAAUGAAAAAGUUAGUCAACAUUGCACUCAGAAAAACGAUCUGGCACCUCUGACAUAUGAAACUCAGCUGCCAAAUUAUUGUUUUUUUCACCGCUCAUCACUACCGCGCUGACUGAUUAUUUAUUGCACUUCGAUUAAGAAAGCCUGUACGCAGGCCCGGAUCUAAGGGGGGCAAAUUCCCUGGGGCUUCCGAUGCGAGCCCCCCCCCCUAGUCCUGAGCCAGACGUGAACAGUGACUGGAGCCCUCUUUUUUGCUCAUCACCUUCCAGCGAAGCGUGAAGCCAUUUGAAAAUUUAAAAUUUUCCUAAAAAAAUGGCCCAACGAAAAUAUCUGCCCGGGCCCCUCAGCACGCAAAUCCGGCCCUGCCUGUACGCGUGCAUUGAGGUUGACGAUUUGACAAACCGAUUUGGCAAUGUGAUUGUUCAAUGGCUGUAUUCCAAUCUGCCUCUUGUGGAGUGUCCUAAAUCGCCAGCUUCAGGUACUUUUCGGCUGCGUGAUUUGAUACGACUUCGAAAUAGCUUCCAGCGCACGUAUUGUGAACUGAAAACACUGCCUACGAAGAGUGAUUUCGAACGUUACUUUCAGCUUUUGACACUUGGGUAACUCCAAAAGAAAAUGUUCUUCCGUUCCUAUGAAUGUGCAAUUCGAUAAUGAUGAAUACGAGUCAUGUGGGUGAGCUCCUUUUAAAGUUUUUCGCUUCCUUUCUGUUUGCUUACUUUACUUACUUACUUUAAUGGCGAUAGAUCGUGGAGAUCCUAUACUAAACCCAGAAUACGCCUGUACAAAACUCAAUCUUGGGCUGCUCCUCUCCAGUCUUCCCUUACACCCGCUGCUCUGACACACAUCCAGCGCGUGCGAGGUCUGCUUCGAAGGCGUCGACCUCUAUCUGGUUCUCUGCCUAAUAUUAUCUUCGCCGGUCGCUCAUCUGCCAUCUGUGAUACGUGGCCAGCCUAUUGUAACCUGCCGUGUUUCAUCAGUUCAACAAUAUCCGCGUGAUUGUAUACUUCGUACAGCUCGUGAUUCAUACGCCUGCACCACACCCCAUUUUCUAGUUUGCCGAGUAUUGAUCGCAGGAUUAUACGCUCGAAGAUUCCCUAGGGCACGUCGAUCGGCCUUCUUCCACGUCCACGAUGCAUAUCCGUAGAGUGCCACCGGGAGGAUCAGAGCCCUAUAGAGCGCAAAUUUCGUACAGAUCUGUAGGGUACGGGACCUACGCUGGCUACGCAAUCCGUAAAAAGCCUUAUUCACUAGCGCAAUCCGUCUCUUCACUUCGCAGCUCACCUCGUUGUCACAUGUCAUGAAAGUAACAAAAGAUAAACAAAUUCAUCGACCACUUCGAAAGUAUCCCCAUCCAUCUCCAACGCAGCAUUAACACCCGCAGAACUACUAUGCUCUCUACCCGGCACCAUGUACUUCGUUUUGGCAGUGUUAAUGGUGAGUCCAAUUCCCGCAGCUUUCCUUUUGAGAGCCGUAAAGGCCUCCUCAACUGCUCUAUGACUAACACCAAUUAUAUCAAUGUCGUCCGCGAAGCCCAAAAGCAUGUGAGACUUUGUGAUGAUGGUACCGUUCCACUGCCCACCUUCCCUUCGUGUUGCACCUUCUGAAGCUAUGUUGAACAGCAGGCUCGAGAGCCCGUCACCUUGCUUCAGACCAUCUAACGUCACAAACGACCGUCAAGCGUCGCACGUAACAGUUUAAAUAGUUUUGUUGGCAAACCAUGUUCAAGCAUAAUUUGCUAGAGCUCGUUGCGUUUCACUGUGUCGUACGCCACUUUGAAGUCAACAAACAGAUGAUGUGUCACAACAAACAGAAGUUGUGUUCUCGAAACUUGUCGAGGAUCUGUCUCAAGGUAAACAUCUAGCCCGUUGUAAAUCGUCCCACUCGGCAACCGCAUUGGUAUUCUCCAACAAAGGCUUCCUGCAACGGCCUCAGUCGCUGGAACAGGAUACGGGAGAGAAUUUUGUAAGCGAAAUUGAGGAGAGUUAUGCCUCGAUAAUUACUACAGUCGAGUCUAUGUUCCUUCUUGUCGAUAAGGCAUAUGAGUCCUUCCAACCAGUCCGUAGGUAGUUGUUGCUAAGACUAUGUUUUGAGGAUAAUCUGGUAAAUUACACUACACAACCGCUUGCCUCCGAAUUGAAAAGUUUGGCCGGUAUGCCGUCCUUCCCAGCGGCUUUGUGGUUUUUCAGCUCUUUGCAAACAUUCUUCACCUCGUCCAUAGUUGGUGGGUACACAGUUUGUUCGUCCUCUCCAAUUUCUAUCCUGUUCCCCUAGACGACUCUCCUACCUUCCUCACCGUUCAACACCACUUCAAAAUGUUCCUUUCAACACCUGGCCACCUGCGAUUUGCGAAAUGAAAUGAUGCCCAGGAGCCAAGAAUUGCCCACAGAGACUAUUUUGAAUUCUAAGAUGGCAACUUCUGGUUUCUUGAUAACAGACAAAAAUGGACAAAUAACACCCAAUAUGAGAAUUUCCGGAAUCAGAAUGAUACCCAGAGGCCAAAAAUUAGGUCUUUUUGAAAUCCAAGAUGACGACUUCUGCCCUCUGGAAAACAUCCCAAAAUUAUCGAAUACCACUCAAUAUGGAUAUUUCCUGAAUCGGGAUGAUGAACAGAAAAGAAGACCGUGUUAAUCUCCGACCACGGAUUCAGCUUAGCGGAGAUGAAAUCGAGGUAGUUGGCAAGUGCGUGCACCUAAAUGGUGAUUACCGAGAACAACAUUAGCAGAGGAAUUCGUCGAGGUCCUAUGGCGGAAAAUUGUGCCUUUUUUGGACUCCGGAGGAUGCACUGCUCGAAUAAAAUUCACCGCGAAACGAAGUUGACUAUUUGCAAAACUUUGAUCAUACUGUAGUCCUCUAAGCCCACGAAACUUGGUCCAUGCUCGUGGACAACUAAAGCGCACUUGUUUUUUGUACGGAAGAAGUGCAGAUGAAAGAUGGCAGAGGCCACGAAUUCUAUUAUAUUUCAAACUAAAUUAAUUUCCAAAAAAGUAUUCUCGAAUCGCGACUAUUGCCUGAAUAUGAAAAAAAAAAAUGUUGAGCGACUUGUCGCAUACUACGAUGGAUGUACGUCAAUCGGUUGUAGAAACAGUGAAAUAAGAAUCGCUGUUUCCACAACAAAAUGACGUUGGUAACAUAACUUCAGUUAAUAUACCUUUUUCCACAAAUCAUACGUUCGGCGAUGUUUUGUGAUUAUAUUAAUGCCUUAUGUACAGAUCAGAUUGUUGAAAUUCGUCCUAACACUUAUUAUACAGGGUGACAAAAAAGUCCAGUCACACAGGAAAAUCUCAAUAUUUCAAAGAAUAAGAAGAAAAUCUGAAUCUGGCUUUCAUAGCUUUAUUCAGUAGCUCAUAAAGAUACUUCACAGACGAUAUCUCGGAAUUACACCACCUUUCUCUGAUCGAACCAGCUUAAGUCGUCUCGUAAAGUCGUCGCAAGCGGCGCGCACGUGCUCCAUCGGCAUCUCGUCCCAGAUUUUCGUGAUAACUCGCUUGAAUUGCUCCAAAUUUGUUAGUUUAUAGUCGUUCAGCUUCGACAUCAUGUAUUCCCACACGAAAUAAUCCAGUGGAUUCAGAUCCGGAGACGACGGAGGCCAUUCAUUCUUCGAAAUGAAAUCGGUCAAGUCUUCCUCACACCACGCCUGAACAAAAUUUGCGGUGUGGGAUGAGGCGCCAUAUUGCUGGAAGCAGUGGUAAUCGUCUUCAAACAAUAGUUCAGCUUGAGCCAGAACAUUUUUAUUCAAAACCGUGUCCAGCUAGUACGCUGCGUUGAUUUUGACCCUUUCAUCGAAAAAAUAAGAGGCAGUUUACCUCUCUUGCAAAUGUCUCCCCAAACCAUCACUUACGUCUUAUUUUGGAACAGGGAAACGUUCAGCUUGUCCGCAGGAGCUUGCUGGACGCUCACACUCCAAACUCGAUCAUUUUGGCGAUUGACUGUUUGCUCCAAAACGAACAGCUUCUCGUCCGAGAAAAUAAUCUCGUGAUCUGCACGCCAACCGAGCAACUCCCGCGACCGUUGGUACCUCUUGUCCUUUGUAGCUUUGGUAACCCCAUGAACCACCUGUUUCUUGUACGGUGUAAGUUUUAAAUCCUUGCGCAGAAGCAGGCGGAUUGAUUCUCGGUUCAUUUUAAGGUUCCUGGCCAGCUUCCGUGCAGAUUGGGCGGGAUUCCGGCGAAUCCGGUCUCCUAUCCGGUCUUUUUCAGCCUUGGAGUUCUCAGCCUUGGACAGCCGGGUGCGAACCUUGCCUACCACGAGAUAGUGAUCCGAGUCGAUGUUUGGUCCUCGAAAGGACCGCACAUCUAUGACGUCUGAAAAGUGCCGGCCGUCAAUCAGCAUGUGCUCGAUCUGGGAGCAGGCCUCUUCAUUGGGGUGUUUCCAAGUGUGCUUCCGAAUGUUCAGUCAUGCAAAAUGGGUACUACACAUGGUCAUUCCUCUGGCCGCGGCAAAGUUCACUAACCUCAAGCCGUUGUCGUUGGUGGUAGAGUGAAGGCUUUCUCUACUAAAAACGGGACGAAAGAACUCCUCUCGCCCUACUUGUGCGUUCAUAUCUCCGAUGACGAUCUUUAUGUCGUGUUGUGGGCACUCUCCAUACGUUUUCUUAAGGAGCUCAUAGAACUCCUCCUUUACGUCAUCGGUUUUAUCGUUUGUCGGCGCGUACACGUUGAUAAGGCUGUAAUUGAAGAAUCUGUUCUUGAUUCUCAAUACGCAUAGACGGUCAAUAAUAGGCCUUCACUAAUGACACACUUCAUUUGGUUUCCAAGUAGCACAAAACCGACGCCCCGUUUCGCUCUGUCGCCGCUACUGUAGUAGAUGUGAUACUUGAAGAAAGUGCCCGCGGCCGGAUCAACCGCCCGGAAUUCACGUUCUCCGGUUUUACGCCAACGCAAUUCCUGUUUAGUUAACUCAAAAUUGAAAUGUUCACAGUGGACAGGUCCUAGUGGAAACUCUGCUGUUGUUUUUAGUCGUUGCGUCACCACUCAACACAUCCAGUCUUCCGGAUCAGGCGCUUCUUUUUUUGACGAACCCACUUCUUCACCACGUUGAUGGCUGCUAGCGUCCUCGACGAACGCGGCCGCCCGGAUCUGUCACAGUCCUUGACCGAGCCUGUCUCUCGGUACCGAGGGAUGGCGGUAUAGAUUGACCCCUCACCUCUCUCCUUACUACGACGCCGCGGUACUCCUUUAUCGUGCGCGGUAAACAAACAGGAAAUGACAGCAAGUCGACAAUGUGCGCAUCGGUGAACCUAUAUAGGAAGUUGAAUCUGACACUAAUUGUAAUGCACAAUGUACAUGGUGCGCCCCUACACAACGAUGAAAAGUUGUUUUCAAACUUUUUGAGCACCUUGUACGUAGAAGAUUUUUUACACGUUCAAAUAUUUCAUCGCAAUUCUCUAAAACGUCAGGAGUUCCUCAAGGAAGUAACAUGAGGCCCAUGUUAUUUGUACUAUUUGUCAAUGAUGUGACGCGGCUGCUAGAUGGUGGUUGCAAGCUGGUGUAUGCAAAUGACUUGAAGUAGUUUUUGUAAGUUUGUAUCGAAGAAUGUUGUCGUCUGCAACAUUUUUUGAAUGUGAUUGUCUGCUGGUGGUCCCAAACCAGCUUAUUUGGAAUCUGCGGAUUGAGCAUAUCCAGAAACGAUUCGUCCGUAUUGCACCACGUGAGUUUCCCUGGCGUGAUCCUGCUAACUUACCCCCGUAUUCCGAUUGUAUUUAACUUCUAUAAAUAAAAAAAAAUUGUGUACAAAACAAAGUUUGCAGGUAUUGGUUGGGGUCAAAGUAAUGGUUUUCAUUCGGAACAAAGAUCCGAUUGUUCAAGCAUGGCCAAACGAGACCUCUCAUCACAAAUGUAUAGCAUUUGUAAUAUCAACAUUCAAAAUGUUUAUCAAAUUGUUGAAAUUACGUGUGAUAAAAGAUUGUAGAUUAAUUUUUCGAAAGGCGAGAGGAAUAUGUGUCAGAUUUAUGAUUAGUACAAAUUAUUCCAAAAUAUAUCGUUGAAUCAAAUCAAGAUAUAAUGAGCAACCAUUAUCAAACGAAUUAUUUAUAAAUAAUUUAAUUGAUUAUAAUUUCAAUUAUAAUUGAAAUCCAGAUCUUAAAAAUACUCUGGAGGUUUAUAUUUUUUAAUGUAAUAUUUUUGGCAGCACUGAAAAGCAUCGUUCCGAAAAAUUAAGAGUAAUUUAAACGAAAAGAACCUUACUGCGCGAAAUCCUCCACUACUUAACAGUUUCAAAAAGUGUCAAGAUUAGAAGGCUAAAACGACGCGUUGGGGUAAAAUAUACAUUUUUCAAGUUUUCGUUGUUUUUGAAUAGUUAAAAACCCCAAAACAAUUUAAAUAAGGAUUAGUUUAAUAAAAAUUGAAGACGUCGUUUAGGCGAAUUUCAACUUUUGACGGAAAACCUUCAUUCUUUAAAUCAAGAAAUUGACUUACUAUUUAAAAAAAAUUGUUAUACAAAGUUAUCACCAAACUUACAAAGGUUCAUGGAAAUUUAAUCUAACAAGCGAUCUGUUAUAUGAAAACUUGUUUUAACUGAAAAAUGGUCAGUGCUUCCCAAAGUUAACAGAAUUUUUUUCUGCUGCCCGAACAAGUCUAAUUUUGGUUCGAUUACAAAAAAAAAUAAAAUACCUAAAGGAGGAUGACAAACUCGUACCACUACUUAGUCGGCAGUCUUAGCGAAUUUCCCAAAUUCAUUUGAAGGUAUUCUUUUCAAAAAAUAAACACCCGUUAUUUAUAUAAGACAAAUACGGUCAACAUUCCGAGCUUUUUAAUAUAUGAACUCAUUAGCUUUGGUUUGUACAAACUAAUUUACGAUUCGCUUCCAGAAGCGUCAGCCAAUCGUAGCGACGGCACAUGGAACGAAACGGUAAAAUAAAGAAAUAAAUAAAAAUGAGCAUUCUAAAUAACUAGAAAACCGAGGAGUGACGCACAGUUUCACUCUGUGCAGUUUGAUCCGAUCUAAACAACAUUUAUAUUGGUGACAAUCCGGUUCAAGUUGACAUUGUCAAAUCAUGAAGUGCAUGAGCGGUUGAUCCAUUCAUUAGCACAAACAUUCGAAUAAUGUAAAAAGCGGACAUAUUGAAGCCUACCCGAUGUGGCCAACGGUUGCGAGACCAACUAUAUUAUGUUAUCCUAUAAUUUGCUUGUAAAAUGUAUAGAGAUUUUUAAACAAAUAUCUUUAUUUUACGCUUCGCUCCGAACAUGAUCUGUGAUGGCCACCGACCAAAUUAUAUUGAGCUGAAAAAGAAACAAAAAAUCAUUAGUGAAAUGAUGGAUUUUAUGAAAAUCCGUUGCCAAAUCUCGAGGCAAAAAUCGUUUUCCCACAACAAGCAAGCAAAUAAUACGUAACAAAGAAGGGAAAAGUCAUCAUCUUCAAACCAUGGUGGCCAUCCUUUCGCUAGGCAUAAUGCAUUGUCAAAACGCAUUUUCUUCUUUAUCUAAUACAAAAUACGAAAACUAUACAAAUCUUUCUGAUAAAUUCUAAAAAAAUAAACGAGAAACAAACUAUACACAAGUAUAUCUGAGUAAAUGAGUGAAAAAAUGCAAAAAUAUAACCAGUAGAUUUUUUCAAUGACAAAACCAAAAAACAAGAUAUCAGUAGCCUUUUUCGCGAGCAUUACCGUUUGCAGAGUUUUGCGGAAGCAGAACCAAACUUUUAAGUGUUCAAACGCGCACAGAGAAAGUUGCUUAAUAAAAAUGCUCCACGUUUUCGCCCACACAACAGUGCAAAACGGUGGAAAAAAACUUCCCUUCCAAAAGACCAUCAUGGAAAAACUUAGUUUUACACUAGAAGCGUUAUGGCACUUAUGUUUUCGCUGCAGCAUCAACUUCGAGAGGAAUUUAUUUGCCAUCACAUAACAACCGAUUUUUUUCGAAAACUGAUCGUGUUUAAAAUCCAACGCUGACAAGCUUCUCACCACAUUCCUUACAACAAAAGUGCAUUUCUGCUUCUAGUGUGGUGCGGUUUUUCAGAUAAACGACAACACAUGGCCCAUGGUCACUACGGGAAAAGCGCGUUUGUAACCACACUUAAAAACGAACAGAGAACAAAAAAUGAACCUUCCACAAAUCCAAAUUCAGUUGCUUUUCGCAUCCGCUUCUGUUGCUGCGUGAAUAGACAGCGUUGUUUUAUAACGAUACCAAUCAUCAAAAUGAAGUUUCCAACUGUGACAGCAGCAGCUAAGUGGAGAUUCGAACAACUUCGAACGGUUCACUAUUGGAAAAAAAUGCGAAAAUAUUAUUAAACUCAUUAUAAAAUAAACAAAAAAACAAAAAAGGGGAAACCAACUUAGUAGUUAUUGAUUUCAACAUUUAUCAUACACAAUAUCUAUUGCAAACAUCUACCAGCAGAAUGAUCCCCGCAGAGCAAAUGAAAUCUCUAAUAGCAUUACUAACUAAGAGAAUGUGAACGCGAAAGUAAUUUUCAAUUGUGCGGUGGGUGACUGUAUCUUCCCCCCUCGAAAAAAAACGGAAUGAUUGAAGAAUUCACAUUUAGUAGUACAGUGAAAUAGAUUUUUGAAUUAAGUGAUAAAAUAAAAAGAACAUUAUGCAUAAGCUAAGGUGAACUUGAGGAAGGCAACUAGAAAAAUGUAAUAACUUUGAAACUAGAAAUAAAAUAUUUGAAAAGGUUA